AUGGGGAAGCUCAUGCAUGCUGUUCAGUAUAAUGGCUAUGGUGGAGGCCCUGCUGCCUUAAAGCAUGUUGAAGUUCCUUUACCCACUCCCAGUAAAGAUGAGGUUUUAAUCAAAUUGGAAGCAGCUAGCAUAAAUCCAUUCGAUUGGAAAGUACAAAAAGGCAUGGUGUGGCCACUUUUGCCUCGCAAAUUCCCAUUUAUACCAUGCGGUGAUAUAGCAGGAGAGGUCAUGGAGGUUGGUCAAGUUGUCAAAAAGUUCAAACCUGGUGACAAAGUUGUAGGCCAUGUUGACCCCAAUACUGGUGGAGGACUAGCUGAGUUUGCUGUUGCUAAGGAGAGUGUCACUGCUUUGAGACCAUCAGAAAUCUCGGCAUCUGAAUGUGUUGGCUUACCUGUUGCUGGUCAGACAGCUCUCCAGGCAAUCACCGAAUCCAUAGGGAUCAAACUUGAUGGAAGUGGUGAAAGGAAAAACAUCUUGAUCACUGCUGCAUCAGGUGGUGUAGGUCUCUAUGCAAUUCAACUGGCAAAGCUGGGAAACACUCAUGUAACAGCCACAUGUGGAGCUCGCAACAUUGAAUUGGUCAAAAGUUUAGGGGCUGAUGAGGUACUUGACUAUAAGACCCCAGAUGGUAUUGCUUUGAAGAGUCCAUCUGGUAAGAAAUAUGAUGCAGUGAUCCACUGUGCAGUUGGAAUUCCUUGGUCCACCUUUGAGCCUAACUUGAGCAAGAAUGGAAAGGUUAUAGACAUAUCUCCUACCUUUCGUUCCAUGGUGACAGUUGCUUUGAAGAAACUUACCUUCUCCAAAAAGCAACUUGUGCCUGUGUUUUUAAGUCCAAUGAGUAAGAGCCUUCAAUAUCUUGUUGAUUUGGUCAAGGAAGGAAAGCUUAAAACAGUUAUAGACUCCAAAUAUCCUUUAAACAAGGCUGAAGAUGCCUGGGCUAAGAGUAUUGAUGGUCAUGCUACUGGGAAGAUAAUUAUUGAGUUCUAGAUAUUAAUUACAUAAUAAUACUGCUCCAUAAACUCUGUAAAGUUGUACACUUCAUUAUAUGAAAUAAUUCAGGAAUGCCUUGUAGUUUUACAUUGGUAUGACAUGAGUCACGUAUCAUUUGUUGUGUCCCUAGAAACUAACAACAAAUGAAUGGAUCUCAUUUU